AUGUCGCAGAAUUCGCAGCGCGACUUCGACAAUAAAGUCGAAGGCCGGGUUCAUGUGCCUGGCACAGAGAUUUUGUUUGACAACAAUGAUGGCAGUGUCUCUGCUCAGCUUCAUCAGUUGAGGCAUCGAACAUCUGGUGACGGGCGUAUGUUGUUAGUCCCGCAGCCUUCGAUGAACGACCCGAACGAUCCUCUGAGCUGGUCGACCACGAAGAAAAGCUUGACCUUCUUCAAUGGCUGUUGGUUUGCCUUUAUGGGUGCCAUAACAGGUCCUAUUAUGGCAGCUGGUAUGAACCAGCUGUCCGUGACCUUCGGAAAGUCCCUUCAAACAUUGACAUACGCAAACGGGGCCUGCCUGAUCAACCAAGGUGUAUGGAACGUGGUUUGGAUGCCAUUUGCGGUCAAGUAUGGCCGUCGUCCAAUCUACAUCUUCUCAAACCUCCUCAUGGGUAUCGCCUGUAUUUGGCUCGCCAUUGCAUCCAACAAAACAUACACUGUGUUCCUGGUCGGGCGCGCUUUCUUAGGUGCUUUUCAGGCACCUAUUGAGUCAAUUGUCCCCUCAACCGUCACAGACAUGUUUUUCCUACAUAACCGCGGUGAGCUCGUCGCUAUCUAUGGUUUGGCUGUACUCGGUGGUAACGAAUUGGGCCCCAUGUUUUCCGGUUUCAUUGUGCAGGCAUUGGGAAUGAACUGGGCCUUUUGGAUCGUGGCUAUCUUUAUUGCUGCCAAUUUGGUCUGCAUGUUCUUCUUCAUGCCCGAGACCAAGUUCACUGGGCCCCGACCCGAUCCUUUCAUCGCAAACCAAGCAGCUGAAGACACCGAUCAGAAAGAACAGGUUCUGAUCGAAGAAUCAAGCGCUAUCCCAAAGAAAACCUUCGUGGAGGACCUCAAGUUCUGGAACAAUGGAGACCCAAACGUGAGUCUCAUCCACGUCUUCCUCCGCCCAUUUGUGCUCCUGGCCUAUCCCACCGUGGUUUGGUCGUGCUUCAUUUACGGAAUGGCUCUGAGUUGGAAUGUUAUCCUGGGUGCCUCCGUGGCCCAGCUUUUCUCUCCUCCACCUUAUGGAUUCAAUUCCAACGCACAGGGUCUCUUCUUCCUGUCGCCAUUUAUUGGAUCCCUUUUCGGUGUCUUUUUCUCAGGGCCAGGGGGUGAUUGGAUCGCCACUUUCUUCACUAAGAAGAAUCAUGGAGUUCGCGAGCCAGAGAUGAGACUACCGACAUGCUUAUUGGCGGCAUUCUUCACAUUCUUUGGAGCACUCUGGUUCGGGCUUUCGUAUGAGCAUCAAAUGCAUUGGGCGAUGCCUGUUGUGGGGGCCGGAAUUCUAUCGGUAGGGAGUCAAAUGGGCACCACACUGGGCAUGAAUUAUGCCCUGGACUGCCACAAAGAGCUUUCUGUUGAGGUCAUGGUCACCAUUGCUGCUUUGAAGAGCUGUAUCGCUUGGAUUUGGACUUGGGUGAUCAAUGAUUUCAUUACAGCCAGUGGAAUUCUGAGUGUGUUCAUGACGGUGGCAGCCAUCAAUGUCGCCAUCUACCUGGCCUAUAUUCCCUUCUACCUAAAGGGCAAGGAAAUCCGCAUCUGGCUCCACCGGAAGAAUUUCCUCCAGGCUGCUGGGCUGAUGUAG